GGAACUGACAAGAAAAGUAAAAAUCAAAUUUUGAGAAUAUAUUUUUUCUUUUUUUUUUAAAAAAAAAAAAUAUCUGCGCCGCGACUCUUUAUUUCUUACCCUUCUUUUUCCCACUUUUUUCUUCUCCUCCUCUUUUCCACGUAACCUGACAUUAUAAAACAGCUUGGUAAUAAAAAUAAGACUACGUAUAAAGUAAUACCAUCUAAUUGUAUUUCAAUAGUAUGGAUUCCUUUGGCAAUUCUUCGCAGGGAUCUGUUCCAAUUAAUCCAAUGAUGGCAAUGAUACAACGUCAACAGCAAGAGCAACAGCAAUAUGAAGCUUUGUCUGCAGGUACAACAAUGGGUAUUAAUUCUGGAAUAUCAUCUUCCACCACUACCAGUAUCACUCAGAAUACUGCUAUGAUGACUUCACAACAAUCGAUACCUUCAUCUGGAAACAAUAAUAACAGCGUUCCAUAUAGUCCUCAGACUAUAGCCUAUUCUCAAGAACAACGUCAACAAGAAACACCGGUAAUGACUCAACAGCGUCCUCUCCAUCAAUCUAAUGAAAUGUUCAACACGAAUCGACAAAAUAGGCCACCCUAUUAUGACACGCAAAACGCGCCAUACUAUCCUACAUUCAUACCUCAACAACAAUUGUUCAAUAUGGGUAAGUCAUGUGUGUUUGUUAGAUAUACUUGGAAAACAUAAAAUUUACAACUUUUUUUUUUCUUUAUGUAUUAGGUCAUUCAUCGCCAAGUAGAUCUCCAGCUCCAAACCAUACC